ACUGACAUCACAUAAACAGUCCCACAAUAUGCUGACGUAAGUCAGUCAUUGUCUUGGAUGUAUUCUGCUCGACUGGUCUCGAAGACUAGCUUGGGAUCCAUUUUCAAUCAAUCCAGGGGCAACGCAAUGUGGCCAUUCAGCUCUUCUUCUAGUCCCAACGAGCCAUCUACCUCUGCGUCCAGUUCCACAUCUGCCACGCCGACGACCGCACCGAAUAGAGAACAACGAGCGGCAUGCUGGAAAGCAAGAGAUGAGUACUUUGACUGUUUAAUCAAGAAUCGAGUGACUGUGCCCGGAGAAGAAGGUCCAGGAGUGUGUAAAGGGGAAGUUAAAGUGUAUGAACAGAAAUGUGGGAAAACUUGGAUGGAACACUUUAACAAGCGCAAAGAAACAGAAUUGAAACAACAAGCCCUGAUAGGGUACAGACCGCCCACUCCUGGACGCUAGACGGGUGAUUAUGUUUUCUCAGAACAUCAUGUAUAACAACAGCCUUCACAUCUCUCACUCGAUCCCUGAUUCUUCGAGUCAUCCAUCUUGGU